UCAUUUGGGUCUGUUACCCAUGGACCUGUGCUUGUCCAUCAAGGGAGUGUCCUUCCUCUUGCAGACAGGUUUAGGCAUUCUGGGAAAUGUUCUGGUGCUGCUGGCUUACACUCACAUUGUGUGCCUAGAACCACAUCUGUUACCUGUGGACAUCAUCCUGUGCCAUCUGGCCUUUACCAACCUGAUGUUACUGCUGACUCGCUGUGUACCCCAGACCAUGACUGUCUUUGGCUUACGUAACUUACUGAAUGAUUCUGGCUGCAAGGUGGUCAUCUACUCCUACCGUAUUGCCCGUGCCCUCUCUGUCUGUAUCACCUGCAUGCUCAGUGUCUUCCAGGCUGUCAUGUUGGCCCCAGCUGGGUCUUGUUGGGUAAGACUGAAGACAAGGCUCCCUGGCCUUGUCAUUCCCACAUUUGCUGUACUCUGGUUUAUCAACAUGGCUGUUUGCAUUGCUGCACCUUUUUUUUCCAUUGCACCCCGGAAUGGCACAGUGCCAGCUUUCACACUCAACCUUGGCUUUUGUUAUGUGGAUUUCCGUGAUAACCUAUCAUAUGUGAUCAAUGGGGUAGCUGUGUCAGUCCGGGACUUUGUCUUUGUAGGACUCAUGCUUGGCUCCAGUGGUUAUAUACUGGUGGUACUCCAUCAUCAUGCCCAAAAGGCACGUAGUAUACGUCGAAGUCAGGCCAGUGCAGCCAUGGAGACACGUGCAGCAAAGACAGUGGUCACACUAGUGACACUAUAUACGGUAUUCUUUGGCAUAGACAAUAUUAUCUGGAUCUACAUGCUGACAGUGGAUCAGGUGCCCCCUGUGGUGGCAGACAUGCGAGUAUGGUUCUCAUCCUGUUAUGCCUCUCUUAGCCCUUUUCUCAUUAUGACAUCCAACAAGAAAGUCAGGAAUCGAAUGAUGUGUACAACAGGAAUUGAUCGGGAGCAGCCUUCUGUUAAUACUCAGGAUUCUAGGGAGACCAUCAGCUAACAAGCUGUCCUGUUUUUCCCCAUAUUUGUAAACAUAUAUAUGUGAGAUGUGAAAAUAAUUCUGUAAAACAAAGA